AUGGCCAAAAUUUUUAUUCUUCAUUUUUAUUUCGUUUUCGCCUGUUUAUUUUCUUUCUUUAUAAACUCGACACAUUUUCUUUCUUUCUUCCUUUCUUCCUUUCUUCCUUUCUUUAUAAGCUUUAUUUUUUUUUCUUUUGAGAUUUCUCUAUCGAUUUUCCUGUCUUUCUUUCUUUCUUUUCUUGUUUUUUCUAUCUUUCUUUUUUCUUUCUAUCUUUCUUUACUUCUUUCUUUAUUUCCUUUUUCUUUCCAUCUUUUCUUUUUCCUUCUUUCAUUCAAUUCUUCUUUCUUCUUUUUCGUUCGUUUGUCCUUUGUCUUGUUUUUUUUAACUUUCUUCAUAUCCUUCUUAAUUGUAAAAGAUUUACUUCCUUUCCUUUCCUUCAUUCGUCUGCUCUUUCUUUUAUCUCGAAAUUUACUUCUUUUUUCUUUUUUUUCACUUCUUUUUUUAACUUUAUUCUUUCAUUUAAUAUUUCUUUGUUCGGGCUUACCUUUUUUUAUUUUCAAAAAAUUCUUUCUUUUCUUUCACCCAUCCUCCUUUCUUUUUUUUUCAUUAGAAAGAAAUUCUUUCUUUCACGCAUUCUCCUUUCUUUUUUUCUUUUAUGUUGUGUCUUCUUUCUUUCUUUCUCUUGAUAACUUCUCUUGCUUCUCCUGGUUUCAUAUUUCUCUCUCUCUCUCUCUCUCUCUCUCCCUCUCUCACUCUCUACAAAGAAAUUCUUUCUUUCUUUCACCCAUCCUCUUUUCUUUUUUCUUUUUUUUAUUUUGUCUUUUUUCUUUAUUUAUUUAUUUCUUUCAUUCUCUUCAUACCUUCUCUUCCUUCUCCUCGUUUUAUAUUUCUCUCUCUUCUCUCUCUCUCUCUCUCUCUCUCUCUCUCUCUCUACGUCAUUUAAUUUUUUUGUUUAAACAUUAUUUUCUCUCUCACUGUCUCUCUCUCUGCAUCAAUGCCUGUUUCUCCUUUACGAUUUCUCCUUUUCUCUUUCUCUCUCUCUCUCUCUCUCUCUCUCUCUCUCUCUCUCUCUCUCUCUCUCUCUUAAGUUCUUUGACGUUUCGCUUAAUGAAAUAG